AGCUGACUGAUUGCUGGUCCCUGGUUGAAUGAAAUCCACCGAGCUGGCAGUGGGUGGAAUGUUGAAGUCUUGACUUUCGCUAGCAAGUAAUGGAAACAUGGUUACUGGACUGUCAAACACUGUCCAAUUUCUUACUCUCUUUUGGUAGUUUGAUACAAACCCUGCAGCCCUGUCUCGUGUUCGGUACUGUGUUCUAGGGCGCUCCACAUCAACGCGAUUUUGAGUUGCUCGAAAAAGUCUGGCCUGCUUGAUUAUUCUGUCUGGAGAGGGUGAAGUUGCUCUCGGUUUCUGCAUUGCAGCCUAGUGCUGCUGAUGGAAUCCAAACACAUAACAAUGGCGACUCCCAGCCCCAACAACAGCAACUCAACAUCUACCAGCCACAACAGCAAUAACGCAGGAUCUACAGGUUCACAUCACCAUCAAUCCCAGUCGCAACACAUAACAACAAUGAGCAGCAUGCAGGAAGCCAACACUUGCUGGAGAUGUCAGAGUGAAACAGAUAAACCUUUCUGGAGCUCCCCCAAAUGCCUUGCGCCUACACUGACAGACUCUGCAUCCUCCCUAUCAGGUAAACGCAAAGCACUGAAGUUAAAUUUUGCCAAUCCUCCGAUCAAACCAACCACCAGAUUUACUCUGAAUACAGCAGGACCCCCAUUUCAGAACCCUCAGAUAGAGAGGCUGCGGACACAUAGUAUCGAAUCGUCAGGGAAGUUGAAGAUAUCCGCAGGGGGGGAUUGUGACUUCACGGCUGAGGACCUCAAGGACCUGGGGGAGAUUGGGCGGGGUGCUUAUGGCUCCGUCAACAAGAUGGUGCACAAGCCCAGCAACCAGAUAAUGGCUGUCAAGAGGAUUAGGUCAACAGUUGAUGAGAAGGAACAGAAGCAGCUUCUUAUGGACCUGGAUGUAGUCAUGAGGAGUAGUGACUGUCUCUACAUAGUCCAGUUUUACGGGGCUCUUUUCAGAGAGGGGGACUGUUGGAUAUGUAUGGAACUUAUGUCUACCUCAUUUGACAAAUUUUACAAGUAUGUGUAUUGUGCAUUAGAUGAGGUGAUUCCAGAGGAAAUCUUAGGCAAAGUAACAUUAGCUACUGUGAAAGCACUUAACCACUUAAAAGAAUACUUGAAAAUAAUUCACAGAGACAUCAAGCCAUCCAACAUCCUCCUGGACAGGAAUGGCAACAUUAAGCUUUGUGAUUUUGGCAUCAGCGGCCAGCUGGUGGACUCUAUUGCCAAAACCAGAGAUGCUGGAUGCAGACCCUACAUGGCACCUGAGAGAAUAGACCCUGGUGCCUCCAGACAGGGAUAUGAUGUCCGUUCAGACGUAUGGAGUUUGGGGAUCACACUGUACGAGUUGGCGACCGGACGGUUUCCCUACCCCAAGUGGAACAGUGUGUUUGACCAGCUGACACAGGUGGUGAAGGGAGACCCCCCACAGCUAUCCAGCUCAGAAGACAGGCAGUUCUCCCCCAAAUUCAUCAACUUUGUCAAUCUGUGCCUUACAAAGGAUGAGUCAAAAAGGCCAAAGUACAAAGAGCUUCUGAAACAUCCUUUCAUAUUGAUGUAUGAGGAGCGCUUGGUGGAGGUGGCUAGUUACGUCUGCAGAAUCCUGGAUCAGAUGCCUACCUCUCCUAGCUCCCCUAUGUAUGUUGACUGACUCGAAGGAAGAACGGCAGCCUGGAACAAAAACACAAAACAAGCGUGUAAAGAGUUGCUUUAUCACAUGCGGCAGUGUUAAAAUCAAGAAAAAUAAAUGUACACACAAAUUGCCACGUAAUAGGACUGGUGUUCAUUUCUGUCACGUCUGUACAUUAUCAACAUUCACUCACGUCUAUCGGUCUCUCUUAUACACAAAUAUGCUUACAGUACAUGUAAGUAUACUAGCAAGUUAAUGAAUAUACCAUGGUCUUGGUUCACCUUGAUGUGAGACCUCAUCUUUAAUGUGGAUACAGUAAAGUGAUUUAAAAUUCUGGAAAUGUAUUUAUAGUGUUAAAUCACUUGUGUAAUAUAUGAUUUUGCAGAUACUUUAAUCAACAUACUGGAAUCAUGCUCUUUGUGAAUCGUCCCACCUCUUUCAUGUAUGUGACUUUAAGAAUUGUGUUUGGUAUCUUAAGGAACCGUGCUUCUUAGGGUGUAAAGCAAUGUAAAAGGUAUCUGCAUUGAUGGACCGGAUGAUGUGGCCUCCAUCCAAUGUUGUGUGGCUGCUCCCUUAACUGUGCAAUGGACUGUGCUGAUAUACAAAAUAAAACAUAGAGAGAAAUAA